CUAUAAGAGCAGCUGACUCCAUCCUCCACGUCGCCAGAGAAACCCACACUGAAGCUGAAGGAGGGAAACAUAGGCUGACGAACCUCAACCUGCACCCGAGGGACCCUCUAUAGGCACCCACUAUCUCACGCCAACACAGCAGACGGUGGGACCAUGAAGACUGUGGUGGCUCUGCUGCUGCUCUGUCUGUGUGAUCCUGGACACAGUGACUGCCAGGGAGACUGCCUGUCCUGCAGCAACAUCCUGCCCAAACAGCUCAGUUUCAACACCAUGGUGUGUCUCAUUGAGUGUGAAGGAAACAUCUCCCCGGCUUUCACCUGGGACCUCUGUCGUAAAGCGUUGUCUUCACCUAUUUCCUCCCUCAGUGGUACUAUGCGGAAAAGAUCUCAGGAGGAGGUGGAGGCCCUGUUUCCUGAGGAGGGAGAGCAGAUGGAGGGAGGUCUGUUACUACCCAUUGCAUUGCAGAGGUUUGAUCAUGUGACCCGCGCACUUGGAGUGGACGAGAGCGAUCUGGGUGGCAAGGGCAACCACCUGAACACUGCCUACAAUUCCCAGAAUGCUUUGUCUCUUGAUGAUGAGUAUGAUGAAGAGGCAGGGCAGGAAGAAGGGGAUGCUGAUAUGGCAGCCGGACAGGGUGAUGUAGGGCUGAGCGUCUCCAAGAGGUUUGGCGGUUUCGUCAAAGGGAGGCAUGGCUACAGGAAGCUGAUGUCUCCAGGAAGAUCGUACCAGAAGAGGUAUGGUGGCUUCAUUGGCAUUCGGAAGUCAGCCCGCAAGUGGAACAACCAAAAACGUUUCAGCGAGUUUCUGAAGCAGUAUCUGGGAAUGAGCACUCGGGCCACUGAGUUCAACAGCGUGUCGGAGGAUCUCACCAAUCAGAAUGAAGUUUAGCACCUUUAAACCACUGCUGUAAAACAAUUUCCUGAUGUAUUUUCACUGAUCUUGUUUUGUAUUUCAAUCACCAUGUCAAACUCUAACUGGUGUCACCAAAGUUAACCUAUUGAAUCUAACUAAUUUACCAAAAAGUGAAAAUUCCAGUGGAGUAACUAGAAACUUUGGUCCCCCUGAAACUCUGUAACUCCUGGCACCUUCCAGGUUCCCUCCCUGUCCAGGUCUGAGCGUCCUGAAUCAUUCAGACCUCCCAUUUGGUGUCCCCAUGGGAUGUACCAGUUAAACAAUCGUGUUUCAUUUGAUUAGCUGCCCGUGUACUUCAUGACAUUUGAAGGAAGCCCCCAAAGUGGGAAUCAUUGAGAGUCUUGGAGUAGUUUGCAGCAAAAUAAAUAAAGUGUCAUCUACUAUAUAAGUCAACAAUAAAAGUUAGUAUAAUUAUUGCUUUUCUGAUCCCCUGUAUUAUACAGUAUAUUCUACGUAUUAAUUUCUGUGCUGGGUCAUGUGUAAAAAGUGCUAAAUCAUCUUACAUGGAGGCCUCUGGCUUUGGGGGGUCUUUGAGAAAUGUGUAAGAACCUCUGUUAUCGAGUCUAGCAGGAAAACUCUCUUUCAUACUACCAGCUUUUGGCAAAAUGCAUAACUCAGUCUUUGUGAAAGAACAAUGCCAGUGUUUUUUCAUGUUUUGGCAUUAUGGUUAGGCAAUGUCAGCAGUUAAGUAAAGUAUACUGUAUGUAAUUUGUGGUAAAUCCGUGAAAACAUGCAAAAACAGCUAAAGCUCACUGAGUUAUCAUUGUGCCAAAACACACCUGAGACAUGGCUACUGCAGCAGGUUUAAUUAAAAGAUCUCACCUUCAGUUUGGUGCAGUGGUGAACAUACUACACAACACUCAACAUUCAUAACGUUAUACAAGUGAGAAUCAUCUCUGACUGGCUCUUGUGUCAAAAUGCUAGACUCCUAAAUAUAUACAAACAGUAUUUGGUAUUUUUGUUUUAACUGUAAUGGUCUGAAAUGUUUUUGUUGCCUACAAUGAGAACUUGUAAAUAGCUGAAUUUAAACAUGUCAAUAAAAAUAGUUUACUAUUUC